UUAGCAAUUUCAUUAAUGCUAUUCAAUGUCAUUUACUCACAUAAAAAACUCUCACAUGGGCACAAUCUCAGUGGAACGUUACUUUAUUUUCUAAUUUCUACCUCCAUAAUAAAGUUGAUAUAAAUAACAUUAAUAAUGCAAAGAGAAAAAAAAAAUUCAAAUAAAAUUUUCUUGUACAACCCCAUCACAUGAUGAAUUGAUUCAUUUACAAAAUUGUUUAAGCCAAUUUUGCAACAUCAUGAUUACCUUUUCCUUCACAUUACAAACCCAUCUCCAAAAAUUAUCUACUGCUAUUAGUUCCAAAGCUAAAAAUAAUUUUUUUUACUAAUGAAUAUUAUUUUUCUUUUCUUUGUUCUUUUGUUCAAUUAUGCAUUUUCUGAAUCAAGUGUUGGUAUUGGAUACAAACUAAUGGUGGCAGUUCCUGCUGAGUACAAAUUUGGUUACAUAGGUGGAGGUUUUCUGUUGGAGACAAAGACAGUACCAAAUUUUAGAGUUGCAUUGAGCUUUGAAGGUGUAAAUGGGAAAUUUUCAUGCUCAUUGUUGGUUUUUCUUGGUGAUGUUAAGGUUUGGGAUUCUGGUCAUUAUUCAAAGUUUUAUGUCACUGGAAAAUGUUUGCUGGAGUUUAGUUUGGAUGGUGAUUUAAGGCUUAAAGGUCCUAAUGAGAUAGUUGGAUGGAAAACUGGGACUUCAGGACAAGGUGUUAAGAGAUUGCAAAUACUGAACACAGGAAAUCUUGUGCUUGUGGAUGAAUUCAACAAUAUCAAAUGGCAAAGUUUCAAUUUUCCAACUGAUGUAAUGCUAUGGGGCCAGCAACUUGAUGUAGCGACUCGAUUAACAUCGUCGCGAACCAACUCAAGCAUGUUCUACUCAUUCGAAAUCGAGAAUAACAAGGUUGCUUUGUAUGUAAACUCUGGUGAGUUAAGGUAUUCUUAUUGGAACUUUCAGCCUUCAAUGAAUAGAAGCAUUACAUAUAUUAAGCUGAGUUCAAAAGGGUUGUUAUUGUUUGAUACAAAAUACAAGAAAAUUGCACAAAUUCCAUCUCAAAGUAUUCAACCUCUAAAAUUUUUAGCACUGAAGAAUGAAACAGGAAAUUUUGGUCUUUAUUACUAUUCACAAGAGAAAGGAAAAUUUGAGGCUUCAUUUCAAGCACUUAACAACACAUGUGAUCUUCCAAAUUCUUGUAGACCUUAUGGUAUAUGUACAUUUUCCAAUACCUGUUCGUGUAUUCAGAUUUUGACAAAUGAUGAAAAGAGUAGUGCGGAUUGUAGUGAAGGAUUUUCCGGUGGUUUUUGCAACGGCAAAAAGGCGGAAAUGUUGAAAAUUGAUAAUGUAGGUAGUGUGCUCAAAGGUGUUCCUGAAAUUGUUAAUAUUAGCCGAGAAGCGUGUUCGAAUUUAUGCUUACAGGAUUGUAAAUGUGCUGCGGCAUUGUAUUUUCGGAAUUCACACGUGGAAACAACGGAAUGCUAUCUUUAUAGAUUAGUCCUUGGUCUCAAACAGGUAGAUAAAGGACCAGGAUUUAGUUAUAUGGUCAAGGUUCCAAAGGGAAUUGGUAGAAAACAUGAGAGGCAUAAUUUGAAAAAAUGGAUAUUUGUAGGAGUAGGAGUUUUUGAUGGUCUUAUAAUUCUUACUCUUGUUGGUGGAUUUUGCUACUGGUUAAUCAAACGGAGAAGUCGUCGAUUGGAUUCCGGAGGCAGAAAUUCAUGAGCAGUUGAAGAAAGUUAAGUUCAGUUUUAUUCAUCUGUCAAAAAAUAAAGAAAAAGAUACAGAAACCAUUUAUUUUAACAUGUAUACACAGUUUUGGUUGGUUCCAAUAUUCAUAGAUCAUCCAAGUAAUUGAAAAUUCUUGACGGUGACAAAAUAUGCUGCAUAUUUUCAGCUUAUACAAAACUUAUCAAUGAUGAAAAAGGAUUUGUGGAUAUUUUUUAAA